GUGUUUGGCAAUAAGAUGGUCAUCCCCUCACUGGACGGUGCCUUGUUCCAGUGGAACCGGGACAGAGAGAGUAUGGAGGCAGUGCCUUUCAGCGUGGAGUCCUUGCUGGAGUCGUCCUACCGUAUCGGAGAGGACACCGUCCUGGUUGGGGGCAAAUCCCUAACUACCUAUGGUCUGGGGGCUUACAGCGGCAAGCUUCGGUACAUCUGCUCUGCGGUGGGCUGCAGCCACUGGGGGGAUACUAAUAAUGAGAUGGAGUCUGAAGACGUGCUCCUGCUGCAGAGGACUCAGAAGACCGUGCGAGCCAUCAGGCCCCGAUCGGGGAUGGAGAAGUGGAACUUCAGUGUCGGAAACUUUGAGCUGAAGCUUCUUCCCGAGGCUCAGUCUGGAAUCAACUUCCUGGAGGGAGAAGUGGCGAAUGGCGAUGCCUGGAGGGAGAGUCAGCGGGUCAUCACCGACGAACCGAAAGAGAGGGAGCAGGCGGAGAACCAGCAAAACCAGAAGCAGAAUCUGGACCUCGUCAUCAAAGUGUCAGUUCCUGAUUGGAAGGUCAUGGCCUUCAGCACCGAGCCUGAGGGACAGCUGGUCUGGGAGCGUCAGUUCUGCACGCCCAUCGCCUCGGCCUGGCUGGUGGGCGGUGGUAAAGUCACACCAAUCAGCCUGUUUGACGACACUGCCUACAGCAACCAGUCAGAAACUGAUGAGGAGGAGGAUAACGAUGAUCCGGAGAAGGCCAGGGGAACGGCAGAGUCCAGCGUGUACUUAGGGAUGUUCCAGGGACAGCUCUACCUCCAGUCCUCAGUGAGGAUCACUGAAAAGUUCCCCUCCAAAGCUAUCGGAUCAGAGAAGAGUAUAAUUCCACUGCCUACUGUCAAAUGGAAGCCUCUAAUCCAUUCCCCGUCUCGGACACCAGCCCUGGUCGGCUCUGAUGAAUUCGACAAGUGUCUGAAUAACGACAAGUUCUCCCAUGACGAAUACAGUAACGGAGCCUUGUCCAUCCUUCAGUAUCCAUACGACAAUGGCUACUACUUCCCCUACAGCAAGCGUUACAGAGAGAAGCGCGACAGUGCUGUUAGCCUGAUAAAGGGAAACGUGGCGGGGGGUGACAGUCGCAGGAGGAAGGACCCCGUGCUGCUGCUGCCUUGGUGGAAGGAGAUCCUCGGCACCAUCGUCUUCUGCAUCGCCGCCACCACCUACAUCGUCCGCAAGUUCUUCCACCCUCCCGCCCCUGUAGCCUACGUGAGGCAACGGAAAGAGUCGGAGACACAGUGCCAGACAGACAGCAAGUUUGACCUUGAGGUUGUCGAAUCCAAAGAGCCGGUUGCCAUGGAGACCCGUUCCAGCGAAUAUGUGUCCAGGUACCUAACCGACUUUGAGCCAGUGCAGUGCCUCGGCCGCGGGGGGUUCGGUGUUGUGUUUGAAGCACGCAACAAAGUGGACGACUGCAACUAUGCCAUCAAAAGAAUCCGCCUGCCCAACAGGGAGCUGGCUCGUGAGAAGGUGAUGCGAGAGGUGAAGGCUCUGGCCAAACUGGAGCACCCUGGGAUUAUCCGCUACUUCAAUGCCUGGCAGGAGAGCCCCCCCGAGGGCUGGCAGGAGGAGAUGGACAAGAGGUGGCUGAAAGACGCCAGUACCACCGACUGGCCAAUGAGCUUCCUCGACCACAUGGAGGCGCUGUCAGUCAAAGUGCCAGUGUCCAGCUCUGUCUCUCCUGUCUGUGGGCCGGAGGGAGACGUUCUGGAGGCCUCCACCGAUCCCCGAGCCUUGCUCUCCAGCAGUGCCGGUGGAUCCGUCAGUUUCAGCGUUGACGACGGAGACCUAUCCUUCCUCCCGCUCCUGGGCCACGACAGCGUGAUGUCUGAGAGGGACAGCCAGGCUGACCCCGACGCCUCGGACACCCCCCACUCCUUUGAGCUGUGCCCCCCGCGCGGCCCCAGUGACUGCACCUCCUCUUCCUUCGACAUAGUGUUCGAGGACUCGGGCUGCGACCGAGAUGCGGAGGCAGACACGGACUCGGCCUCCGGUGCAGCCAGUCCCAGCACGCUGACGGAGAAGAACAGCUCGUCUUCCUCGCACACCAGGCAACAGGAAUCCGCCCCGCCCUCUUCUUCCUCUCCCCCACGGCCAACCUCACUUACCUUGGCUCUCCCCACAACUCCUCCAACCCAGCGAGUCCAGCCUUCUCCCAAGGUGUACCUGUACAUCCAGAUGCAGCUGUGUCGGAAGGAGAACCUGAAGGACUGGAUGGCACAGCGCUGCCUCCCGGAGCAGAGGGAGCACAACCAGUGUCUGGAUAUCUUCCUCCAGAUCGCAGAGGCUGUCGACUUCCUGCACAGCAAGGGGCUCAUGCACAGGGACCUCAAGCCCUCCAACAUCUUCUUCACUAUGGACGACGUGGUGAAGGUGGGAGACUUCGGACUCGUCACGGCCAUGGACCAGGAGGAGGACGAUGACGAGCCGAGCGCCCUGACGCCCGCGCCGCUCCUCACCAGACACACGGGCCAGGUCGGCACUAAGCUCUACAUGAGCCCAGAGCAGCUUUCUGGAAACUCGUACUCGCAUAAAGUGGACAUUUACUCUCUGGGUCUGAUCCUGUUUGAGCUGCUGUAUCCCUUCAGGACCCAGAUGGAGAGAGUGAGGACGCUGACAGAGGUGAGGGCGCUGCGCUUCCCAGAGGUUUUCUCCAAAAACAAUGUUCAGGAGCUGAGCAUGGUGCGCAGCAUGCUGUCGCCGAGCCCCGGCGAGCGUCCUGAGGCAGCUGAGAUCACAGGGACUCCCCUCUUCCAGGAGCUGGAGCUGCCCUGCCGACUGGCCGUGAGGCAGCGCUCCCGCACCUACAGCGCCUCGUCUAUGGGCCGCCCCUCGCGCCAGACAUCGACUAACUGAAGAUCCCGUGACGCAAUAUAUAACCCCUGUCCCACACACCCCCCACACCAUCCCCCACCCCCCUGUUUCCCUGUCAUUCCCCUGCUGGUCUGCUGCCCAAGAGAAACACCUCAGCCCCCGUCACACACUGCCUCAGACAGAAUCACUUUAGAAGCCAAGUACAACGAAUGUGUGGGAAGUUAUCUCAGUGGCUUUAGAGCAGCAAGACAAAGUCCUGCACAGUGACCGAUCUUGGAGAAUACACAUGCCGUUACAUAUUCGCACACAUUAUGCUGCCCAAAAUUCCCAAUCAAUUUUAAUCACACUUACAAGUGUGAAUAUUUAAAGUAAAGAAUAAAGAAUAUUUUAAAAGCGACAGCUGUUCUGUAAUGUUCACGACCA